AUGCUCUGGGAGUGCGAGUCGCUGAGCCCGAAGUUCACCAAGGAAGAGUGGGACGCGCUCCUACGAAGUCCCGUCUAUGAGGACCAGAUCCUGGCCGCCCAGCGCGCCCUGUCAAAGUGCCUCACUGAGACCAUCGGAAACGGCUACAAAGCGACCAAGAUGGCCACUGGGGAUCUGCUGGUUGAAGUUAAAGAUAAGUCGCAGUACCAAAAAUUGACGAACCUUGUGGCAUUUGGGGAUAAACCGAUCACUGUCACCGCCCACAGAACAAUGAAUACGGUGAAGGGUGUCGUAUCAGAUGAUGACCUCAUGGACCUUACUGAUGACGAACUCCUGGCCGGCUGGAAGGAUAAGAAUGUUGUACAGUGUGUAAUGUUGAAAUCAGAAAGACUGAACUCCGUCUUUUGGUCAUUGCAGCAAGAGACAGCCUACGAACGUCUCUAUCGCUGGCUCCAGAACAGGUGCAGAGUUCUCGGGGCCGAUGCCGCAUCCGAGCCAGGCCCCCUGUUGGCUCGUGCGUUUGGGGCACUGCGCGAGCGCCCCCUACUUUGGGGCUAUGCUCUUGACGAGUAUGCCAAUGCACGACGUGCCUGCGUGGUGCGGCACCUCAUUGAUGCCCUAACUCGUGGCACGGGAGGCUCCAGGCCUCUUGAGUCCCUGGCAAAGGACCCACUCCGCUAUGCCGGAGACAUGCUAGCCUGGGCACACCAGUGUGCUGCGUCUGAACGGGAGCUUCUGGAGCAGCUGCUUGCGCAGUGCGGCGGGCUGCGUGGAAGCGGUGGUAGUGGAGAAGCGGCCCUGGACCACAUCUUGGCAGGCCUGUGCUCCCCGCUGCGCCUGCGCCUUGAGCAGCUGGCCGUUGCGGAGAGUAGUCCCCUGGUGCUGUGUCGGCUGCGGUCAGUGGUGCGUUUCUACUCAAACACCCUGGGCUCAGGCACAGCGCUGGCUAUCUGUCUGGAUGAGGUCGCCGCACUGGCGCACAAGAUGUUCCUCAACAGCCUAACCUGCCACUGCACACGGCUCCUCGACAAGGCGGAGCUGCCCCCAGGGGACCUGGGUGCACCCCCUUUUCUGCAGCAGCUGUUGUCGCUGGUGCGUGAGCUUCUGUCUACACGUGAUGGCUCCCUUGCGCCUGUCGACCAGAGGCAGAAGGACCUGCCCGACAUACUCGCUCAGGUCCUAGAGCCAGCACUGGCAGCGUGUGAGCAACUGUCAAGCCGGCUUGCCCCCGCUGACAGAUCAGUUCAUCUCCUCAACUGUCUGCAACUCGCUCAGACUGGUCUGGCGGUGCUCGAAAUGACAGAACCAUGGCUGGAGGAGCUUGAGGCACGCCAGAAGCCCCACAUUAACUGCCUUGUGGAGGAACAACUGGAGCACUUCGUGAGCCGGCUGGGCAGUGCCUUGGCCGACGACCCAUCCCGCAGUGGCAGCAUUGUGCCUCUGCCAGAGCCGCUAUCUCUGCAGGCAUUGAGCCAGGGCCUGGCUGAGCUGUGUGAGCAGCUGGAGGCCUGGGGCACACUGCCACCACUGGCACUGUUGGUGGGACGCCAGCGGCAGCAGGCAGUGCGCCGUGCCGCCCUCGAUAAGUUGUGGCACCGCUACGUCCAGCUGUACAUGCGGGUCCACGCUGCUACAGAUAAGGACCUAGCUGAGCGGCUACCCCUAGCACCAGACACUCUGCGAGAGGCACUGCUGCUGCCACCUCUCACCCAGCAGGGAGAGGAACAAGAUGGUGGAGGAAGCCAGGAGGCUCCAUCCUCUACCUAGUCACUGUCACCUCCCUUGGGCCGUGGGACAAUAGCUCUUCUGGCUGAAAAAUUGCUCCCUGUCGCUUUUGGGACAUCUGGCUUGUUUAUUGGGGCCCUUGCGCAUCCUAUAGGAUGCUACACUUCAGAAUGGGCACUUGGAUUUGUCGGUGUGGCAUGAUUUAACUGUACAGACGGUAAAGGACAAAGGCAGAAGGGACAGUGCUGUCAUCCCUUUGUCUUCUCCUUUAUGCAUCGAGCUGUAAAUUAUGCUGGGCACGAUUUUGACAGAAGGUGUUAACAAAUAGCUGCAUCCAUCAUUGUUUUUAUGGUCCACUGGUGGGGCUGCUGUCUUGCAGUGUGCUGAAUUUUAUUCUUGAUGACUAGUGUCUCUUGCACUAGUAGCUACCAGUGGCACAUCUGUACUGUCUGGCCAGACACAUCCAAACGGCAAGCUGUGCUCUAAACUAGGCGCUGAUAAUGUGCACUGCAUUGAAGGAGCAAGUUUGGAGCAUUCAGGGCUCCUCCUGACUUCUGGCAAUACCAGUGACUGCAGCAUAUCAUACUCCUCGGGGCGCUGUUGACGCAAGGGUGCUGCUGGUCAGAGCGUCGUAACUUGAAAACAAGCAGUAGAUACAGCAGUUGAAAUUACUCUAAGGAUGUUAGUGUUUCCGGUGGAGAGUUUGUCAAAGUGGAAAUAAACUUUGGCUAAUUAGUCUUGAUAGAA